CACUUAGACAGAUGGCUUUCAAAUUCAUUUCUUAAAUAAGCUUUAGCGUUGGCGAGGGGUCUCCAAAGGCUGAAAAAUUAGAGUAGGUGGACGCCGUCGGUGCUUUGACGGUGGCAAGAGAGAGUUCAACCUUUGGUCAGUUUAAACUAUAAAAGGGGCUUUGACAAUUGAAAUCGGAAACAGUUGCGACUCCACUUCAGGCACACUUCAUCGACUGAGGCCCUAGAAAGGCCUAGAUAUUAACUUGAAACUAAACACAGUGCGCCCCAAUGGAACCGAAUUGGUCGUUUUCUGCUCUUCUCUUGGUCACUUGUUUUCAAAUCAUUCUGCAAUGUCAAUCGGGAUUUUCUAGCCCCACUCAAGAUGGUCAUCGGCAUCAUUUAAGAGCUCACUCGCAAUCUCAGAAACCCAGUGGGUCCGAUAGCAAAUCCAAGUUCAAGGUGAAAAGUGUGUGUUUCCCACUCGAGUUCUUGGAUGCUAUCGAUCUUGAAAUGUUCAAGAAAUGGUCAACUUUGGAGCAUCACUUUCAAGGUCAAACCGUUCCCAAAGAGCUUUUACUGGAAGAGAAUACUGAUAAUGUCGGAUUCAAGAUGUCUCGACGAAGCUUUCGGUCCUCGGACACAAGUGUAAGGCGGAAAAGAAGGUUUCCCGAUCAUAUGAAUCCUGCCUAUCAUUCCUUCACUUUUCUAAAGAGGGAUGAAUGCCCUCCCUCAGCGAAUGGAAACACGAGAUACUUUUGUCCAACAAAGGCAAGUAGAGGGAUUCAUAAAUGUAUUGAAAGAGAACAACUCUGUGAUGAUGUGCCUGAUUGCCCAAAUGGCGAAGAUGAAACUCCGGAGCAUUGUUUCUUCCAAAGACCGAUGAUGGCUCAAAUGAAGGAUAUCGUCAAUAGGCUUAACAUGAUGGUGUCAAUGUUUUCGAAGCCUUUAUAUCUCGUUGAAAGUGAAGAGGUUCCGUUGACUCACAAUGAUAGAAGCAAGCCGAAGAAAAUCCGGAUCGAGCCUCUUUACUCACCCAGAUCCCUUAAAGUGGCUCAUAAUGUCCGAGAGGAGACUUUGGAUCAAAUUCAGGCAAUCCAAAAUAUGAUUGACCUGAAGCGAGGCAACCACUUUCUGGACAAUAUAGAGGAGAGCGUUGACAGCUCCACGCUCUCCACCUCUCUUUUGGAGCAUUUGAGAGAUUUGCAAAGUUCGCCUGUAGAAGUUGCGUCGAACCACGAAGGGAAUGUCAGACGAGAAGCGGUUGAUGGGAUACGUGAUCGCGUGGGCGAAACAAAGAACCACAAAUUGGGAUAGUUGUACGUCUCCAAUUCUUCUGCCCCUGCAUUAGCAUUCGAAUUCGUUUGCCUUUUGUUAUCGGUAGCGAUGUAUAUUAUGUUGAUAAAAUGAGCACUGUCACGCUACUUUCUUUUCAUGUUGCUUUUUUAUAUACAAAAUCGAUGUCGAUAAAUGAGA